CUGGCUACGAGGCUUGACUCCCGCCGCUCUUUGCUCGGCGGUGACCCCAACUUUGCCGGCUACGACCAAGAACUCGCCGCACAACAAUACGCUCAGCAAUACCAACAACAGUACCAACAGCAAUACAACCCCCCGCAAACUUCUAAUCAAGGUUACGCUUUCCGCGAAGGCAUCGCACCAUCCACCAUGAACGGCUCUCGUCCCGCCAGUAGCACCCAAGGCUUCAUGGGCUUCGGCUUCAUGGGUGCCAAAUGGCCUCGCAUCUUCUUUGGCAUCACCCUUAUUCAGGCCAUAAUCUGCCUGGGCUUCGAGGCUUACGUCUUCUGGAAAUUCCAGACCAGUUUGACCGACGUCGAGCAGGCCCAACAAAGCGCUCAGGAGGACUCGCCUCGACGCACGAUCCCGACCUUCUUAACCCUCUUCAUCUUCGGCUUCCUCUACGAGUUGGUUAUCGUAUGGGAUGCUCUCCGCGCCAAGAAUACCAUUCAGGUCAUUGGUGUCUGCAUCGCAAACCUGGCCCUCAUGGUCUACACGGCGAUCCAAGUCGACCAAAUCGCCGAGGCAAUCGACCAGCUGAAAGUCAACAACGCCCUCAUCAACCCCCAGGACGACAUGUGGGCCGACGUCAAACCGUACCUCGUGGCCAUUCCCUGCAUUCUCGCCUUCGGCACCAUCGCCAUGGGUCUUGUUGCCUGGAAGCUUUACCAGGUUUUCGCUUGGGACAUUCUGAAGACGAUAGGAGCCGACUACAGAAUGAAGAAGCGAUUCCUGCACUACCAGAUUUACAUUGCACUCCUGAAGUUCGAUUUCUUCUUCUUCCUCGGCUUCACGGUUCAGUUCCUCGUUAUUGUCAACCCCAGUACCGACGCCGAAUUCGGCUUGACCAUCGCUGCAAUCCCCGUUACGAUCGCCAUUCUGCUCUUGGCGGCUUGGUUCACCAGAAUUGAGAACAAGCCUGGCAUGAUUGCUGUCCUGGUGCUCUACUUUGGCGCCCUCAGCUACUUCAUCUUCAAGCUGGUUCGCAUCUACCAGCCGACAACGCGGUUGCAGUACCAGCCAGUCAAGAAGUCCCUGACCGCAUUCACCGUCAUCACCAUCCUCCUCAUCAUUUGUACGAUCGUUAACUGCGUCAUUUGCAUGCGGAACUUCGGUGCUGGCCUUAAGACGCAUCUGCGAAAGCCUUCAAGGGACGUGGAAAAGAACCCCGACCUGAACUCCAUCAACCUUCAAGACGUCAAGCCUACCAUGGCUAGCCGUAUGACGAUCGACUAA